GCGUGCGAAAAGCCCGUCCGCAGACUUCGUUUAUAAGACGGUGCACAUCCGACGAACGAUCACAGUCGCAACUCGAAGAUUACUUACAGUCUUCCAACGUCCGUUAAACUCGUCUUGCAAAAACACACAACCUAUCCACUCGCCAACAUGAACCGUCUGUCAAUUGUAUUGGUUAUCGCAUUGGUCGGUUACUCAUUGGCUACACCGAACCCAGGAUACGGUGGAGGAAGUUCACAUGGACAACAAAGUCACGGUGGACACCAUGGUGAACACCAAGAGAGUGGACACCACGGUGGACACCAAGAGAGUGGCCACCACGGUGGACACCAAGAGAGUGGCCACCACGGUGGACACCAAGAGAGUGGCCACCACGGUGGACACGAAGAAAGCGGUCACUACGGUGGACACCAAGAGAGCAGCCACCACGGUGAACACUAUGAGGGUAGCCACCACGGUGAACACGGACACCAGCAACAACAUGGUGGUCAUGGACAUGGCAGUCACGGCUCAUAUCACGGCUCACCUUAUGGUCACGGCAGCAGUGGUCAUGGAAGCCAUGGUUCACAUCAUCACGGACACGGCGGCGGUCACUACUAAAACUUUAAUCACAAAACUUCAAUGACGUCUCUUUUAUCAUAUUAUACUACGUCACCAUUUUCUGAGGCGUACGACUAAAAAGUCAUAAUACAAUUGUCGACUCUUUAUAGUAUUUAUUCCAUCACUAUUUAUUCUUCAAUUGUAAAUUUUGUUAUAAUAUUGUACCUACAUAAUAUAAAAUUUCUAUUUGUAAACAUUUUAUUAAAAUUUUAUUACAUAACCGAAUAAAAAUGUUUUCUAUAGAAACAAAAGUAAUAA